AUGUCACCGGCCCACGAAAGUCCAAACUCUAAACCGCAAAAUGAAGUCCCAAAACCCGCUCGCUGUUUACAGGUGCCUCCAAAUGCUUCAACUGGCCGAGGUCAGCCUACUCAGAAGAUCGGAACUUAUGUGUUGGAAAAGACCAUCGGCAAAGGAAACUUUUCGGUGGUGAAAUUAGCAAGACAUACUAUUACGCAGAUUAAGGUGGCAAUCAAAAUCAUUGAUAAGACAAGACUUUCCAGUGAAAAUUUGGAAAAGGCACAGCGCGAAGUGGAAAUAUUAAAAACCAUUCAGCAUCCAAACAUAAUAAAACUGUACCAAGUCAUGCAAACUGCCAAGCUUUUAUGCAUUGUCACUGAGUAUCUUCCAAAUGGUGAACUAUUUGAAUACAUAGCUAACAAUGGCCGCCUUACGGAGCAGGUAGCUCGGUACAAGUUCGCCGAAAUUUUAUCUGCUGUGGAGCACUGUCAUCGAAAUAAUAUUGUCCACCGAGACUUAAAGGCAGAAAACGUGCUCCUGGAUCACUCGAUGACGUUAAAGCUGGCAGGCAAAUUUUCUUUGAAGUUUAACUCCUGCCUGUGCCCUGUGCUUGCUUUCCGUGCUUUACGCUUAACUUUCUUCUUUGUAGACUUUGGAUUUGGGACCUUUCAGCCAGAGGGAGGGAACUCUCUCUUGACGACAUGGUGUGGAAGUCCACCGUAUGCGGCACCCGAAAUUUUUAAGGGCGAGCCCUAUAUCGGCACCAAAGCUGACGUUUGGAGUCUCGGUGUCCUCCUGUACGUCCUUGUUGUUGGUGUCCUUCCCUUCGGCGCCCAUGAACUCCCCAAACUCCGUGACCAGGUGUUAGCCGGAAACUUCAGGGUACCCUUUUGGCUGUCGAGCCCUUGCGAAGAAUUGUUGCGAGCCAUGCUCUCCAAGUCACCCACCCGCCGACCCUCCAUAUCGCAAAUUUACCGAUUCAAAUGGUUGGCUAACCUCGACAGCUGCCCUCUGCUGCGAGAACCUUCCCUUCCGAUUCCCGAGCAUAUGCUCCCCUUCAUGCCCUUCGCGGCUCCCGCUACCUCAGGCACCGACCUGCUCAGUGCCCUUCCCACGACGAGUGUCAGAUACCCUCGAGUCUCCUUGGUGUGCCCGUCUGGCCUAAACUUGGCCGCUGAAAUGAAAGUGAGUAUACUUCUUCAACUAUAA